UCACCAAAACGCUCUCCAAGAGACACAGUCAUCGACUUCGGCAAGUACAAAGGCAAAAUGCUUGGCACCAUCCCUUCAAUCUACCUCAAAUGGGUCUCCAAGAACCUCCGCGCCAGAGACUUCGAGCACUGGGCAAAACUCGCCGACACGUGCUCAAAGAUCCCGUUAUAAAGAUGACUAGAAUGGGAGUUUGCAGAAAGCGUCUUGAUUGGAAAUAACGUAAAUAAUGUCAAAUUGUCAGGCAAUGAUAAGAAUACUGGUGCAGUUUCUCAGUUGUGGUUGAGUGAAAGGUUUGGCUGGGAUAAUGAAAAUAAGGCUGCUUGGAGUCAGGUUAAUUUUGCUUUGGGGACGAGUAAAGGCGGAAGAAUACCAAGAAUUUUGGACGAUGAAAGUGAAAAAGAUGAGGAGAAAGAGUUGUUUAAAAGAGUGAAGAAAGGAGAAGGAAGAGAGGUCGAGAAUGGAGCGAAAGAGAAGACGGAGAUUAGAAAUGGUGAUAAGAUUGACGGUGAGAGUGAGAGGGAUGAUGAUAAAGAUUUGAGGGUGGAGAUUACCAAUCCAUUUCGACGUGAAGCACUGUUGAAGAAAGUGCUUAAUCGGAAGAAAUUUAUGUAAAUAUGUAACAGUGAUUUGUGAUUUUCUAACUAAAUGUGUCAAUUUGAGGAUGAAAUUUUU